AUGUGGCAACCGCCACGGCUCGUGAUGAAUCGCUGCAAAGGCAGCAGCACGCGUCCCUCCGUUACGCCUGUGCUGCUGCUGCUGCUGCUCGUCCUCUGUGCGCCCGCGUCGGCGCAAGGUGGCAGCCUACGCAAUUCGCUGGAUGUCGAAUGCGUUCUUCUACAGACGACUGAGUCGUCCACUGUUGCGCUGAACGCCUUGGAUGUGACUGCCCAAAAGGCCUCGAUUACUUGCGCGCGCAAGAGCCUGUCCAGCCCUCUAGCGUGGGCGCCAACGGACGGCUCGGGUAGUACGCUGAAUGUGUACAUGUCCGCGCUCUCCGACACACUUCUCAGCAGUGUAGUAGCAGCGUCCUCCUCCACCAGCUGCACCCUCGUCACAUCCAUAUCUGAAGGCGUACUCGACACGAGGAGGAUGUCUAAAAAUGUGUACUUCACGAACGCAGAUCCUGCAACGGAGAUGUUGGCGUUACUGUCGUAUGUAAUGAUCAACGGAGCGCCUCCGAAAAUUGGCUUCGUGUACACGCGCACGGAUGACGAAGAAACCAGCGCCGGCGCUGCGGUGUACAAAGAGUUUGUGAGACGCAUGGACGAGCUUGCCUACACUGGCACUCUCGUAACGUAUGAGGCGGCCGAGGACUACGAUAGCGCAACGUUUGCGGCGUUUUCGAAAAAAUUUGAGAGCGGUGUCUCCGUCGUAUUUUUUUUCCCCUCUGCUGGCAAAGGUACAAACGACAUGUUUGCGGAGCUGUUGAAGAGCUCCCGCGAAGUCAAAGUCCUGAUGCCUUCGUGGCUAAUCCGUACCGCCACCUCCCGGUACCUUGUUGCGACAAAACCAAAGGUCCCUGCUAGUAGCAUAAUUGUUUCCUCCACGAAUCCGCACCCCGAAGACAAGAACUUCGAAAAAUCAAUGGGUCAGUUCAAAAAAGACUACGGAAACACCAAGCCAACACUGGCUUCCAGCAGUGUGGAUGGGAUAGAAGCUGUCGCGGGCUGGAUCACAGCACGGGCGACUGUGGCGACGCUGCAGUACCACACUCUUUGGACCGAGUCGCCAACGCAGAAACUGUAUUUUGACAUGCUGCACAAGCAGCAUGUCUACACCAUCGGUGGCGAUAUUGUUCUUGGAGCGUACGGCAGCUCGUGCAACGUCGGCGGUCGCAUGGUGCUCUUGUACUCCUUAAGAGCGAUGAGUAGUGGAGAAACCGGCGCUUACUACGGACUGGCGUCGGUACCUGGUGCGAAUCUGAUGCUUAAGUCAUGGGAGUGCCACGCGGUCGAUGUCACGUUGAGCAUCAGCAAGAUGGUGCGGGCGGCUUACGUGAAGUACCACGGCAUUGGCGAAAAUUCCAACUACAUGACCACACAAAUGGAUAACAUUGUUCCAGCCGCAAUGGUCUCAGCCACCUUCACCGAAGCCACCAUUGGUCCCUUGGACAGUCUAGCUGAUACUACCUGGAAAGCAGCUCUCGACAACUCGCCAACCAUAGCCGUGUUUGGGGCCGCCUCCGUAGGCGUUGACAAGAGCCCCGUGGAGAAGGUUUUGGUGGAACCUGUAUUUCUGCAGCCGACUCUUUACCAAAAUGCGAGCAACGUCGUCUACCUGACGGCGACUAACGAGCAGCAGUUAGGUGCGGUGGCAACGUGGGUGGCGCAGUCGGCCGUCGCCCCGGAUGUGCACGCGGUGCUGCUGAACUCCGGUGCCUCAGCGACUGCGAUGCAGAGCACGCUGCAGCGAAUCAUGACGCACGCCGGUGUCACCGUGGAAUCUGUGAAAACGCUAGGUGUCGGUGAAAAAUUGUCGUCGAAAGACCUUCCGAAAUCCGGCCUUGUGUUGCUGACUGGAAUUAUGCAGAACGACAUUUACACACUGCAGAAGCACAUACAAAACAAUCAGAAUGCACGUGUGAUACUCCUGUUCGACGAAGUGACGCAGUGGUACCGUCAAAUCAAACAAGCGUUCGCCGCCAGCCCCUCCUCUGGUAAGCGUCUGGUUUUUGUAACGAACCUGCCACCCUGGACGCCCAAGAAGCAGGACAUUUCGAGGAUAUCUGCGGAAUUUCUCGCAACUGCCAUUGGGCCAGACUACCACUCACCAGCCUCAAUGAGAGGCUUCCUCGCGGUGCGCGCACUCAGCAUGCUGAGUUACAAUGCCGCAAACCCAUCGACGAGUGCGCUCUUGGAUGCACUCUAUACGCAGCAAGUCCUGCAGAUAAAGGACCUCACACUGGGCCCUUUCAAGCGUACGGGAUGUGCUUACUCGACGGGGAGCAACCAAGUGGAGUGCACCGGCGUCUUAAACGGCGGUGCGGGCGGAAUCUACAUUUGGUCGUACUCGGACAUGGAGGGGGGAACAAAUGGACCGAUCGCUGGGCCAUACGUUGUCAACCUCUUCGGCUACGUCGACGCCAACGAUGAGGGCAGCAGCAGCUCUGGCAAGGCGCACAGCAGCAGCUCGAAGUCAACUAUCAUUGCCUCCGUGGUCGUGUGCGUGAUUGUCAUGGGAGUGGUGGUCGCCGCUGUCAUCAUCUGUGUCUUAUGCACCCGUGACAGCCGCGACAACCGCAACGCACCGAAGGACGAAAACGAGCAUGUGACGCUCAUAUUCACGGAUAUCGAGAGCAGCACGGCGCUCUGGGCGACAGCGCCGCAGGCCAUGUCGAGUGCGGUGGCGCUGCAUCACAAGCUGAUUCGCCAGCUGGUUAUCAAGUACAAGUGCUACGAGGUGAAGACGAUUGGCGACUCCUUCAUGAUUGCGUGCAAACAGCCGUUUGCCGCCGUGCAACUUGCGCGAGACAUACAGGUGGCGCUCCAUCAGGCUGACUGGGGCUCGACGGCGAUCGACGACGCCUACGAGUUGAUUGGAAAACCCAGCGGCGGCACCGACCCCGGCGAGUGCGGGUCGAGGCCGUGGAGCGGCCUACGUGUUCGUGCUGGUGUCCAUUAUGGUCUGGUGGAGGUGCGCUUUGACAAUGUGACCAAAGGCUACGAUUACUACGGCAACGUCGUCAACACAGCCGCGCGCACGGAGAGCGUCAGCUGCGGUGGACAGGUGAUCUGCACCUCGAGCGUGGUGAAAGCCCUCACCGAGGAGGAGCAGGGUAUGGUGCAGUUUGUGGCCCUUGGUCCGCACCAGCUACGCGGGGUUGCGGAGCCAAUAGAGAUGUACGAACUGCGCACCGUGCCCGGACGCGUCUUUCCCUCCAAGGGAAGUGAUGUCAGCGCGAAUCCGCUGGCGUCGCUCACUGCGGGCGCCGAAGCCGACGCUGCCCCCAACGGAGAGGAGGUCGAUCCGAUGCUGACGCAGGAGGAUACCUUCGCCGAGGUGGCGACGGGUGUCGAACCUGUGGCAGAAGUGCUGGAUGUGUACUUCAGCGCCUACACGAACAAUCAGAAGAUCAAGUUCCUCCAGAAGACGUGCAAAUGCUUUUGCUUGCCUAGUCCUCCGCGUCGGAUGUUCGCAUCCAACGAUGCCUACCUCAACUCCUUGAUGCUGACGGUGGCCACGCGCACAUCGGCCGUGAUCAACUUCCGCCACAGGAAGCUGGAGAAUGAUACGCUUCGCCCGGCGGCUGAAAGCCAGGCCAACGCCCCGGCACUAGAGUUGGUGGCCCACCGAGAUGCAGCAGCGGAGCUGCGCCGGCACAGUAGUGUCUUCUUCAGCGGUGUGGACUCGCCGGUUGCAGGGGAGUCGAAGCGGCGGCGCAGCGUUGUGAUUGACCGGCCUGGGGCGAGUCUGUCGAAGCACGGCAACUCGGAUAGCACGAUGAUGUUGGUGCUGGACAACGGUGAGCUGCUGACGUUGUGCAGCAGCGCCGGACAAAGCUGCACUGAGAAGCUGCCGGAGGUCCGUGAGGCGACAAAAGUCUACCAGAACGGUGCCCCAAGCAUCAGCGGCGAUGAAGUGACCCCCUGCUUUGAGGGUGGCAACGGGCUGCUCUUCCGCAUCAUCGACAAGGCGACAAAGCGGUGGGCUUUCUACAAUGACACCGUCGACUUCGUCAUGCAUGUCUACUUCUCUGUAGGCCGCACGAGUGCAGUGAAAUGGGGUCCGAGUGUUGCUGGGAAAGUCACGCAGGCGGAGGAAACAAGUCGGUACGAGGGUGAACUAAUCGUGCCGCCCCUUUCAACGGAAGUGCUCAUGACGGGACGCGUUAACGGCUAUACCAUGCGGUACUGCGCAAUGCCGUCCAGCGGCGGCGAGUAG